CCCUCUGGCUCUGAAGACACAUAUCAGUCACUGGGAAAUGAUGAGAUGGCUGCCAUGGAUUUGACAAUCGGGAUGAUCUUCCUAUCACAGACUGCACUUGGAACCCUGGGGAAUUUCUCUCUUCUUUACCGUUAUCUCUUCCUCUACUUCACUGAGCGCAGGUUAAGGUCCAUAGAUUUGAUUCUCAGCCACCUGACUGUUGCCAACUCCAUGCUCAUUCUCUCUAAAGGAAUCCCCCACACUAUAGCAGCUUUUGGGUGGAAAGAUUUCAUUGAUGAUUUUGGAUGCAAGUUCGUUCUGUAUGUUCACAGGGUGGGCAGAGGUGUGUCCAUUGGCAGCACCUGCCUCCUGAGUAUGUUGCAGGCCAUCACCAUCAGCCCUGGGAACUCCAGGUGGGCGGAGCUGAAGGUGAAGGCCCCCAAGUGCAUGGGCUUCACCAUUGUCCUGUGCUGGAUUGCCCACAUGUUGGUAAAUAUAAUUUUUCCUAUGUACAUGACUAGCAAUUGGGGCAACAGAAGUAUCACAAACAUAAAAGGCUAUGGCUUCUGUUCUUCCGUUCGCCAUGACAAAACCUCAGACUCACUGUAUGCAGCCCUGCUAACAGCUCCUGAUGUUGUGUCUUUGGGGCUCAUGUCCUGGGCCAGCGGCUCCAUGGUUUUCAUCCUGCACAGACACAAGCAGCGGGUCCAACACCUUCACAGAAACAACCUCUCCCCCAGACCCUCCCCUGAGACCAGAGCCACCCAAACCAUCCUUGUCCUGGUGAGCACCUUUGUAACAUUUUACACCCUCUCCUCCACCUUGCAAGUUCUUGUGGCUCUUACUGUUCAUCCCAGUUGGUCACUGCUGAACAUGGCUGCACUAACUGCUGCAUGUUUCCCAACCAUGAGCCCCUUUGUCCUCAUGAGCCGUGACUCCAGCGUCUCCAGGCUCUGCUCUGCCUGUAAGUAA